CAAUACGACAAAAUAACACCAAUCUGACCGGAUUAUGAAGCUGCUUUUGGACUAUUGUACAGCUGUGUCUGGGACAAAGAGAUCCCCUAAACUUACAGGAUAUUUAAAUUAUCAUCAAGAAUUGUCUACAUUGGGAGACAAGAAAAGCUAUCUAUGGGGCUACACUGCAGAUUUUACGAGGAUCGAUUCCCGGAGCAGAACGAUAUCGUGAAGGUAUGCGUUCACUCCGUGGGAGAGGUUGUUGUGGACGUCCAGCUCCUUGAAUACGACAAUAUCGAGGGUAUGAUCCUAUUGAGUGAGCUCACACGUCGACGGAUCCGCUCUGUCAACAAACUGGUUCGGGUUGGCCGACCGGAGUAUGCCCUCGUCAUGAGAGUCGACCAGGAAAAGGGCUACAUAGACCUAUCGAAAAGGCGAGUGUUGAAGGAGGAUGCAGACACAUGUGAAGAGAAAUACUCCAGAGCCAAAACUGUCAACAGCAUUUUGUGUCACGUCGCGUCUGUCCUUGGGUACGACACAGACCAACAGCUAGAGAAUCUCUAUUCUCGUACAGCGUGGUAUUUUGACAGAAAAUACAAGAAACAGGGAGCAUCGUAUGAUGCAUUUAGGUGUUCAGUGGGCAACCCUGAUUUGUUGGACGAGUGUGGCAUCGACACCAACACAAAGGACACAUUGCUGACCAAUAUCAAACAGAAACUGUCACCUAAACUAGUCAAAGUCAGAGCAGAUAUUGAGGUAGCGUGUGUACAAUACGAAGGGGUUGAUGCUGUAAAGCGGGCGUUGAAGAAGGGACUGGCGCUGACAACGGAUGCCCUGCCUAUAAAGAUAAAUCUGAUAGCCCCACCACUCUUUGUCGUGUCCACUACCACACUGGACUGGCAGGCCGGGAUAUCGAGACUGAACACUGUCCUGGAGACGGUAAAAUCCAGCAUUUUAGAGGAAGGAGGACUGUAUCACACACGUCGAGAUCCACACGUCAUUAACGACACGGAUGAGCUGUACUUGACACGACGAUUACAGGAGAUGGAAAUGGAGAACAAAGAUAAUAGUGAUGAUGAAAACAGCGAUGACAAUAGUAACGACACCGGCGAUGACAUAGAUUCGUGUAGUGAUGAUGAUAAAUAUUAGAAUAAAUAAUGUGUGGUUGAUCAGUUUCGAUGACAGAACUGAUGUUACAUUUUGUAGAUGAAAACUGUAGUUUACGCGGUAUUAUCAACGCGACUAAAUCAUUUUGUUAAUUCGUAUCCAUUGAACAAUACAAAUGAUUUUAUAAUCCAAUGCAAAGAUAUCAGUGUAAUUACAAAAUAUGAGGAUAGCAUAAUUCACAAGCAAAAUUGUGAUUAUUUACACCAAGUGAUAUUUUGCUGAAAGGUGCUUAAAAUCUUGUAUGCCUUUGUGCCUUUGAGAUUGCCGACGGAAGACACUGCAGGUCUCGCACAACUAAAUAGUUUACUGUAUGUUAUUACUGGUGGUACCAUCCACUCAAUCGCCCACCUAACGUUCAAACGAUGUGAAAUUUACAUCAAAUUAAGGUUUCAAGUUUUGGCUACUUACAUUAUGUUAUUGUAUAGGUUUAAUUGCAAAUACGAGCAAACGGGUACUCGAAAGACAUUUACAGAGGACGGGGGACCCAAACCCAAACCCAACACCCGCUUUUUCGGCCCCGGAUAUGACGCGACAGGUGGCGUUACUGGUCAAGAUGAAGUAUGUGAUUGGUCAAUGUAGCGGUAAAUGCAAAAUGCAGAUAUGCAGUUAAAAACAAAACAAAUUUAAGAUUGAAUGUAAGCUGAAUAAGUGGAUGUAUUUUUUUAAAUGACACAUUAAUAAAAUUAUAUUCCUCGGAAACUCGCUACCACAUGCUCACCACUAAACUCACCACCUAUCACCACACUCGUUGCCAUAUAUUCUCAUUUAUAAAUUAUAUCGUUAAUACCUUGGCAUAAGGCAAAACACGGAACUGAAAGUCAUUGUUUCUAAAAGUAUAUCAGGACUAGUUUCAAUGUAACACGUUUUCUGACGGAGCUUUACCAGUAAGAACAAAACAUAGAUUAAGCGGAUCCUUUUGUUUGUUAUUCCUUCUACAAUUAAUAUGAUUUGCACGUUCUCUAUCAAACAAUGCACAAUGUUUUACAUAAUUAUUAUAAAGAAUUUUAGUACUAUCUCGACACAUUUUAAGACUAUCAAGCUCCGUUGGGGUUUAAAGUGAAAUAAAAUUAUUUUUUAUGUUGUCUUGCUUUUCUGUUAAUAAUAAUGGAGACAUUCCGAUAAGCUACAUGCAUAUGUUUAUUGUUUUCAUAAUCAAUUCUGUCACUCAAAAACAAACAUAAAUUACUUGUAAUUGAUAUAGAC